GCGCUUCACAGAUGUACAUUACUAAGUAGCUCUUAAAAUGUAUACGACUGCAGGCCCUGGGGAGACGUGAUUCGGUUCUGGGGGAUGCUGGCCCGCGUACGCCUAUUCUCGACGUCGUCAUCAAGGCACACAUGACGCCGUCGGUCGUAGGACAUGCCGCUGCUUCGCACAUCGUAGGGUGGGAGGCUGUUACAGUCGUAUGUGGGAAAACUGCCCAAGCUGAGGUUCCUGGUACGCGGGUCAUCGUAAAUGCCGAUGCUGCGGCUGUCUCCGGGGUGAAGGUCCUGCCUUGGCGUAGUGCAGCCUUGCAGAAAGCUCGAGUCGUUGGUCAUGAUCGUUGCGUUGUUGAGUGGGGGAAGAUAUGGCGCCGCUUUGCGCGUCGGCGCGCCUUGGUACGUCCCUGCAGGAUCGACGCUGUAAGGGCUCGGCACUGACGGCUGACCGUAGUCGUCGCUGUCGCGGUACCGACUCAACCGGGUACACAGGAACAAAGCUGUGACGAAGAAAAACACGGCGCCGCCCACAAUCGUGGGAAUCACCCAUCCCGCGAUCCCGCUGGCGGUCUCCACGGGUUGUUUGGUGCUGGAUGGUUUGGUGGUUUCCACUUGGAUCGGGUCUGGUGUUGGAGGUGGGGUGGUCUGGACUUUCACGGUCGGGGGCGGUGUGAACGAGACUGUCGUUUUGGGGGCUUUCGUCGGCUCGGGAGUGAGUUCCGGCGUUGGGGCGUCGGUUUCAGGCACUGAAGUUGUGGGUUUGGGCGUGGUCUCGGGCGUUGGCUUUGGAGUCGGUGCGAGGGUGGUCGUGGGCUUUGGAGUCGGCGCGAGGGUGGUCGUGGGCACGACGGUGGUUGUUGGUGUGAGGGUGGUCGUGGGCUGUUCCGUCGGAGCGUCCGUGGGUUCUUCUGUGGGUGCUGGCGUAACUUUGGCGGUGGUUCGAGGCGGAGAUGACGUGGUCGGCUUGGCGCUUGUGGUAGGAAGGUCUGUUGGGGAAGGAGAUGACCGCGG